UUCCAACUUUCUCAAACUUAGUUUGAUAAAACAAUUCAUCAUUACAUCAUUCACAGCUUUCUUGUUCAUGAUGCUAAACUUGAAAAUGUACUUUACCUAAAAAUGCCAAUUAAUUGUUUUUGAUAACUUUGUAAAAUUUUUGUUCAGCGCGGCGUUCAUCUUUGACAAUGAAGUUAGUCAAUUUAGGAUACACAUCAGAUAACGAAAUUAUUUUUCUUAUGUUGUACAACAACAAUAAUGUUCCCAAGUUUUAAUCCCAUUGCAUGAGGUAGAUUUUUAUGGUGUCUAUUAUGCUUAUUCAGUGCAACUCUUUUUUCCUUUAUUCCUGCUUGAUACUGAUUGUAAAUAGAAAGAACAUCUUUACCACUUAAAAGUUAAUUUCAAAUCUUAAUUUUAUGAGGUGAAGCUGGCUGUGUAUUCUAGUUCAUUAGUAAUCUCUAUUCAUGACAUAUCUUGCAUAAGACUAUAAUUUAUUAAUUUUUAUUGAACAUAUAUAUAUAUAUAUUCAGUUUAAUAUUUGGUCCUAUGAACUAGGUAGUUUUACUUGGUGAAAUUCUCAUUCUGGCCUAAAUAAAACUGCCUAGUCGACCUAUUUGGCGAAACAAAAAAUCAUUAUUCAGGUAUUUGUUAUUUCAAUUCCAAUUCCAAGCUUGGAUUUGACAGCACAGAACUGGAAAGUGACAUCCAAUUCCAGAUUAGUUGGAUCCAAACCUACCAAACAAAUUGUUAUUCCCUUCCAGAUUAUUCUUCCUUGCUGCCAAACAGGAAACCGGCACCACAAGGAAUCCAUAUGGUUGAAGAUUACAGACCCAUGUGCAUUCUUGAUUGAUGGGGAUCUAAACCUUCAGCAAAAUUAAUUAUUUAUCAUUAUGCAAAGCUCAAGUUCUAUAUUCCAUAUUAUAUACUCUUGGAAGGUGUAACAAAGCUGGAGAAACUAGCCACACUCUUCAUCAACAUCGUAUUUGUAAUCUGUCUCUCCCCAUUGCUAUCUUACAUUUUAAGCGAAGCCUAAACUCUUAAUUAAAAUUGGAUGGGUGUUCACUAACCAAAUAAACAUUUCAAUUGAUGAUCCUUGAAACUCGAAAAAGUAGUUUUAUUUUUUGAGUAAUGUAAUGGCUUUGCUCAGUGGCUUAUUCCACCAACUGAUAUGAAGGGUACUUGCUAUAUGGCUGUUGAUUAAUCACUUUCAUCCAGAACCCAACCACCAUAUUUUCCUCCUCAGUCAAGAAACCAUCAUCUCCAAUGAAGAAGAGAGAAAACAUGAUGGAAAUUAAGCCAAAGGAAAAAGAGAUCAGCAAGUCAUAUCAACUGCCACCUAAUUCUCUGCACUUUGCUUCCCUUCCCAUUUAAGCCUCCUUUGAUUCUACUCCUCCCCGCUCUUUUUUCCCAUUAAAGCAGAUCGAUAACAAUCCAUACCAAGUUUUAGCAUAUUGGAGAAGAUGGGAUCAAUGAACAGCCCCAGUUCUAAUUGGGCGCCGUAUUACAAUUACAAAGACUGUUCACAAGGAAUUUGCAGCAUUUACUGCCCACAAUGGUGCUACAUCAUCUUCCCCCCUCCCCCUCCCUUCGUUCGAGUUGAUGAAGAUGAUUCUGAGUCCACCUUGUCCCCUCUCAUCGUCGCUGUCAUCGGCAUCUUCGCCACUGCUCUCCUGCUGGUGAUCUACUGCACCAUCAUCUCCAGGUACUGCAAGAGGAGGGAGGAUCAGAUCCCGGUUGCAGAGCUUGAAACGAGCCAGGAUCAGAUCACCCAUGAGCGGUGGCAGGCUGCUCCAACUGGCCUGGAUGAGGCAGUGAUCAAAUCCAUCACAGUUUUCAGGUACAAGAAGGGGGAUGGAUUGGUUGAAGGCACAGAAUGUGCAGUUUGCUUGACUGAAUUCCAGGAAAAUGAGAGCCUGAGGCUGCUGCCAAAGUGCAGCCAUGCCUUCCACCUCCCUUGCAUAGAUACUUGGCUUAAAUCUCACCUUAAUUGCCCCUUGUGCCGGGCCAAUGUCGCCUCAUCCGCCAGCACGGAGUGCCCUUCCAAUCUCAACAUGUCUGCUCUUCAGGUUCAACAUCCGGAUGAUGAUCUGAUCCUGGUGAUGGAUGUGGAUGUGGAUGUGGAUGCGGAUCGCCGGGAGAGGGGUCACGAAGGGGAGGUGGUUGUUGGCAUUCCCAGCGAUCCCACGCAAAAGAGCGCGCUUCAGGGUGUCCGCAAGAUGGAGAAUUCUGAACAGAACACGGUCGAAAUUCGACAGGAAAAUGUGGUUAUGCAGCAAUUCAGGAGAUCAUUUUCACUCAGCUCAUUUUCAAGUCGAGGCCAUCUUCUUGUUGCUGAUAUCUUGCAAAUCAGUGAAGAAGAUGAAGAUGCUCAAAUGGGGUGGGGAGCAAACAGCAUGCCCAUGAGGAGAUCAAUUUCUACAGGGAUGUGCAGUUUCACAAGGCAUGACAAAGGAAAGAGCUCCAUCAUCCCAGGCUGAUGUUUUUCUUUAGUUUCUUCUUGUGUACAAAACAAAGGAACUGAAUCAAAAACCACGAAUUGGAUCUGUAUAGUUUACAUGACUGAUUCUGUUUCUAUUGAAACUUAGUUGUUAGAGAAUUCUAGUUUCUUCUCAAUCAAUGGCUCCAAGAGAAGUCAGCUUUUUCUGCUUAUUGUGUAUGCUCAAGUCUUCUGCUGAUUGCAGCCAUUGUUAUGAUGUAACUUCUUCUCUUCUUCUUCUUCUUGCCUCAGCAUUUCGUAAGUUUGGCUUAAUAUUGUUGAUAGUAUGAUUCACUAAAUUUUUAUACAA